AUGAUGAUGGUGAUCAGUUUGUCUGCAAUCUCUAUCGUGGGCAUGGGCGGGGUUGGGAAGACCACCUUAGCCCAGCUGGUUUAUAAUGAUAAUGAUGUGAAGCAAAAAUUUGAUCUUACUGCAUGGGUUUGCGUUUCUGAAUUAGAAAGGAAAAAGUUUUUGGUUGUUCUUGAUGAUGUUUGGAAUGACAAAAUCACUGAUUGGGAUACUUUGAAGAAUUUGCUUCAGAAUGGAGGGGAAGGAUGCAAAAUUCUUGUUACAACUCGCCGUGAGAGUGUUGCUUUAAUGGCUAAAACCAUCUCAUCAUUUUAUCGCCUCAAUGUCUUGUCUGCUGAAGAUUGUUUGUCAAUUUUUGCUACACAUGCUUUCCAUUCUAGCGAUUCAAAUGUGAAAUGCUUAUAA